AUGUCUUCCAUCAUAAUAGUACAAAGUGAGCCGGAUACACAGCAUGUAUCAGAGUCAGUGUAUUUGGGAUUGUGUCGUGUGGUGGGGACCUCACAACAAGUCGCCAUGAGGAGAGACCUACUAAACAUUACAGAGCUAUUGUGGAACAGGACAAAGACCAAUGAUGAGAACACAAUUAUGACAACUGGAAGUAAGAGAGAGGGAUUCCGAAUGAAAGGAUCAGACGAGGACACCAUGUUCUGGCAAAAUGACCAUCGAGUGAUCUGGGAACUGUUUCAGAUACAGUUUUACAAAAUAGGAAGUCUAAAAGUAAUUCUUUCUGACGGUUCUAGAAGUCCCCCAGGAUAUACUCUGCUCUAUUUACUCUCGCCAAGCACAUAUAAAAAACUACAAGCAGCAUGUGUUACAAUAAAUAACACACUAUAUUUAUCUAGCUCCAGGUACAGACAGGUCAUGUGUUCUGCAAUAAAUCCUAAUUCAAAAAUUCAUGGACCGUGUGGGAGCGGAUCUAUAGGAACGUUAGAAUAUGAUAAUGCUCCCUGUUUUGCCUGUGAUUUUUGGCCUCCAUCUGCCUCUUCUUGGAUAGACAGAUGUCUUUCAUGGCCAAGUCCUAAUACUGUUCAUGAAAUAUUACAAAAUGGAUGUCAUUUUGCACCAAUAGGACAUAAAUCAGGAGAUCAUGAAAUCGACGAAUGGAGAAUUUCGUUUGCUUUGGCAGAACAAAAGCUCGUGCGCGCAAUGGAUCACUGUCAAUUCUUAACGUACGGUUUGCUUAAAUUGUUCUUAAAGGAAGUUAUAAACAAUGGAUUAAGUGAUGGGGAUACGUCAUUGUCUUCCUAUCACAUGAAGACAGCAGUUUUCUGGGUGAUUCAACAAAAUACAAUGUCCCACUGGUGUCCAAAAAAUCUCCUGGAAUGUUUCUGGGUCUGCUUUAAACUUAUCCUUAAGUGGGUGUAUGAGGGGGCCUGUCCUAACUUUUUUAUUCCAAAAAAUAACAUGUUCCUUGGUAAAAUAUAUGGUAAAGCCCAAAUUAAAUUGUUCACUAGACUGUAUGCAAUGUAUGAAAACGGUGUAAAAUUCUCUGUUUUACAAAUUGAAUCUAUCAGGCCGUAUGUUAUAAAUGUUUUUGAAAAUCCCACACUAUCCAUCUGUACAGAUGAACAAACUCUGAUCUCUGAGAUUGAGUUUGAUUUAGAACUAUUUACUGAAAUACGCUUAAAUGAUGCAAUGUUCAUAUUAAAUUUACAUCACUGCAUGAAAUACCUACAAACAGUAGAACAGUUGAUACAAUCACCUCUAACACAGUUUCAAAUUGUCAUGCUGCAGAAGCGUACAGCAACAUUCCUUCAAAGACUUGCUUUUAUUCUACACAACCUAAAUAGUACACACCUGAGUACAAACAAACUUAUGUAUGUUACUUAUAAAAUGUGUCGUCUUAUGUUGAUAGUGGCAGCCCACUUAGGGUAUGUAUCAGACAUGCUGUAUAUUGCUACUUACUUUUAUAUGACAUUUAGAUACAAAGAAGCUUUAUCUCUUAUAGACUUAACAAAGAUGAAGUUAGCCCAGCCACAUAUAAUUUAUAACAAAAAUGUUCAGAAAGAACGGUAUACUGAGGCUGUUGGGGGACAGUCAUGGUCCACUAAGCUGAGGAGGGCUGUAGCACGUGACAUUAAAUUUGACAAUGAAAUAAAUUACAUCAAUGAAUUGAUACUGGAACAGCAAGCCUGUGUAGAAAACGUUAUGCCAUCCCUGUGCAUCCCACCAUUGGUUCAGCUUCAUUUCCUUGAGGUUCUGUGCUGCAGACAUGUGGAUACAAUGAGAGCUCAAACAGCCUUACACAAUCUACAGGUCUUAGUUCAUCAGGAUCAGGAGAUAAAUAUUCCUUCACGACUCCGAGACAUAUCCUGGCAGAUUCUGGGGAUCUGUGAACAGUUGACAGGGAACCUCCUGGAUGCUUUAUACUCGUACCAACAAUCUUUUAAACAAUACCCAUAUCAUGAAAUUCAAAAAGUUUCCAUUGUAAGAAUCAUUAUAAUAAUUUUCAGACUUUUAGAGGUUUUUUGAUGAUGUACUG